CACAAACAAGAAAAAAAAACAUCAUUAAGUUCAAUUCAUCAAUCGAAAAAAUGGGGAAAAUGGUAGCCUUGUUUCUUGCAGCGGUUGUCAUGACGACAAUGGCCUCAUUGGGUCAUGGCCUUCCUGACGACCAAAGCCCUCAAGCAGUUGAAUCUUGGCUCCUACAUUUUCCCCAUGCAAAACCUCAGUUCACAAAGCUUCACUUCUUUCUAAACAACAUCCUCAACAAGGACCCUCCGGCGAGUACCCCGGUUGCCAAGGCCAACACGACAGAUUCGAACCCGGAUACAAGUUUCGGGUUAGUGAGAGUAAUCGAUGCUCCAUUAACCGAACAAUCGCUAACCGACCAACCGGGAGCGAAGGUUAUCGGUUAUUGUCAAGGGAUGUAUACAUUUGCCGCGCAGGAGGAAAGGGCUACACUUAUGACCCUUAACUUCGUCUUCACUGAUGGUCCAUUCCAAGGUAGCACUCUUAGCAUCUUUGGGCGUAAUUUAGUGACGGCAAAGUACCGGGAGUUUUCGAUCAUCGGCGGAUCCGGGUGUUUCCGGAUGGCGCAAGGGCUUGGCACCGCCAGCACAUAUUAUCGUGAUCCCGUAAUGGGAGAUAUUCUCGAGAUGAGUCUCGCAUUCUACCGUUACACUCUACCUGGUGAUCACUCUAAUUGAUUAAAGAGUAUUAAUGGCAUGCAUUAAUUAAUGCAUAUGAUGCCAAAGGAUGAACAAUGACGACACUCAAUAUCAGCC